AUGCACCUCGAUGAGCUGGUAAAAAACGGCCAUUGCACGAAAUUCAUCGCAAAGAAGGUCAUCCAGCAGAGCGAGGACCAUGAUGCAGUUGCCAAGGAACCUCCCCAAGAAGUCAUACGGAUCAACACCAUUCUAGCUAACUCUUAUGAGUCCGGGCUGACCACUAAGGAGGGCAAGAGAAAGAUAGCACAGGCGACUUAUGUCUCCCAAGUCACAACUAGCGAACUAGUCAUUGAAGACGCACCCAUCAUCGACACAUGA